GGGAGGGGGCGUCGGGGGCGUGGCUUGGAGGCGGCGGAGGGACCUGGCGCGCGAGGCUCCAGCUCGGGACGCCUCGGGCUCGGGCUGCGGCUGCUGCAGCGGCGCCCGCGCUCUGGUGCGUCGGCCUCGGGGGUCGGUCGCCGAGCCCCUGCCGUGCGCCCUGCACCUCGCUGCUCCUGGGAGCCCGCCGCAAUGGGCGCUGCACGGGGCUCCCUCGCCCGCUCGCUGCCCUUGCUUGGCGCCGUGCUGCUGCUGCGUCUGCUGGCGGGUGCCCAGGCAGCCAUCAUUUUCAUCAAGGAGCCGUCCUCCCAGGAUGCACUGCAGGGGCGUCGAGCUCUGCUCCGCUGUGAGGUUGAGGCACCAGGCCCAGUACAGGUAUACUGGCUGCUCAAUGGGGUGCCUGUGCAGGACACCGAGCGGCGUUUUGCCCAGGGCAGCAGCCUGAGCUUUGCAGCUGUGGACCGACUGCAGGACUCUGGCGCCUUCCAGUGUGUGGCUCGGGAUAAUAUCACCGGAGAGGAAGCCCGCAGUGCCAACGCCUCCUUCAACAUCAAAUGGAUUGAGGCAGGUCCUGUGGUCCUGAAGCAUCCAGCCUUAGAAGCUGAGAUCCAGCCACAGACCCAGGUCACCCUUCGUUGUCACAUUGAUGGGCACCCUCGGCCCACCUAUCAGUGGUUCCGAGAUGGGACUCCCAUCUCUGAUGGUCAGAGCAACCACACCAUCAGCAGCAAGGAACGGAAUCUGACCCUCCGACCAGCCAGUCCUGAACACAGUGGCCUCUACUCCUGCUGUGCCCACAAUGCCUUUGGCCAGGCCUGUAGCAGCCAGAACUUCACCUUGAGCAUUGCUGAUGAAAGCUUUGCCAGGGUGGUGCUGACACCCCAGGACAUUAUUGUAGCAAAGAAUGAGGAGGCAAUGUUCCAUUGCCAGUUCUCGGCCCAGCCACCCCCGAGCCUGCAGUGGGUCUUUGAGGAUGAUACUGCCAUCACUAACCGCACCCGUCCCCCACAUAUCCGAAGAGCCACAGUGUUUGCCAACGGCUCCCUGCUCUUGACCCAAGUCCGGCCACGAAACGCAGGCGUCUACCGUUGCAUUGGCCAGGGGCUGAGGGGCCCACCCGUCAUCCUGAAGGCUACACUUCACCUGGCAGAUAUUGAAGACAUGCUGCCAUUUGAACCACGGAUAUUCACAGCUGGCGGUGAGGAGCGGGUAGCCUGCCCAAUCCCCCAGGGUCUGCCUACACCCACUGUAUGGUGGGAACAUGCUGGAGUCCGGCUGCCUACGCAUGGCAGGGUCUAUCAGAAGGCCCAUGAACUUGUGUUUGCUGUCACUGCUGAGAGUGAUGCUGGUGUCUACACCUGCCAUGCAGCCAACCUGGCUGGACAGCGGCGACAGGAUAUCAACAUCACUGUGGCCACUGUACCCACAUGGGUAAAAAAGCCCCAGGACAGUCAGAUGGAGGAGGGCAAACCGGGCUAUUUGCAUUGCCUGACACAGGCCACACCCAAACCCACAGUCAUCUGGUACAGGAAUCAGAUGCUAAUCUCGGAGGACUCACGGUUCGAGGUCUCUAAGAAUGGGACCUUGCGCAUCAACAGUGUGGAGGUAUAUGACGGGACGUGGUACCGCUGUGUGAGCAGCACUCCAGCUGGCAGCAUCGAGGCCCAGGCCCGUGUCCAAGUGCUGGAAAAACUCAAGUUCACACCACCGCCCCAGCCGCAGCAGUGCAUGGAGUUUGAUAAGGAGGCCACGGUGCCCUGCUCAGCCACUGGCCGAGAGAAGCCCACAAUUAAGUGGGUACGGGCAGAUGGGAGCAGUCUCCCUGAAUGGGUGACAGACAACGCUGGGACCUUACACUUUCCCCGAGUAACCCGAGAUGAUGCUGGUAACUACACUUGCAUUGCGUCCAAUGGGCCACAGGGCCAGAUCCGUGCCCAUGUCCAGCUUACUGUGGCAGUCUUCAUCACCUUCAAGGUAGAACCAGAGCGCACGACCGUGUACCAGGGCCACACAGCCUUGCUACGGUGUGAGGCCCAGGGGGAUCCCAAGCCUCUCAUUCAGUGGAAGGGCAAAGAUCGUAUCCUGGACCCUACCAAACUGGGACCCAGGAUGCACAUCUUUCAGAACGGUUCCCUGGUGAUCCACGACGUGGCCCCUGAGGACUCAGGUCGCUACACCUGCAUCGCUGGCAACAGCUGCAACAUUAAGCACACAGAGGCUCCGCUCUAUGUCGUGGACAAACCCUUGCUGGAGGACUCAGAGGGCCCAGGCAGCCCUCCACCAUACAAGAUGAUCCAGACCAUUGGACUGUCAGUGGGCGCUGCUGUAGCCUACAUCAUUGCUGUGCUGGGCCUCAUGUUCUACUGCAAGAAGCGCUGUAAAGCCAAGAGACUGCAGAAGCAACCUGAGGGCGAGGAGCCAGAGAUGGAGUGCCUCAAUGGUGGGCCUUUGCAGAAUGGACAGCCAUCAGCAGAGAUCCAGGAGGAAGUGGCCUUGACUAGCCUGGGCUCCGGCUCUGCAGCCACCAACAAGCGCCACAGCACGAGUGAUAAAAUGCACUUCCCACGGUCCAGCCUGCAGCCCAUAACCACACUGGGGAAAAGUGAGUUUGGGGAGGUGUUUCUGGCCAAGGCUCAGGGCUUGGAGGAAGGCGUGGCAGAGACCCUGGUGCUUGUGAAGAGCCUGCAGAGCAAGGAUGAGCAACAGCAGCUGGACUUCCGGAGGGAGUUCGAGAUGUUUGGGAAGCUGAACCAUGCCAAUGUCGUGCGGCUUGUGGGGCUGUGCCGAGAGGCUGAGCCCCACUACAUGGUGCUGGAGUAUGUGGACCUGGGAGACCUCAAACAGUUCCUGAGGAUUUCCAAGAGCAAGGAUGAAAAAUUGAAGUCACAGCCCCUCAGCACCAAGCAGAAGGUGGCCCUGUGUACCCAGGUGGCCCUGGGCAUGGAGCACUUAUCCAACAACCGUUUUGUGCACAAGGACUUGGCUGCCCGCAACUGCCUGGUCAGUGCUCAGAGGCAGGUGAAGGUGUCGGCACUGGGCCUCAGCAAGGAUGUGUAUAACAGUGAAUACUACCACUUUCGCCAGGCCUGGGUGCCUUUGCGUUGGAUGUCCCCAGAGGCUAUCCUGGAGGGUGACUUCUCUACCAAAUCUGAUGUCUGGGCCUUUGGUGUGCUGAUGUGGGAAGUAUUCACUCAUGGAGAGAUGCCCCAUGGUGGACAGGCAGAUGAUGAUGUGUUGGCAGAUUUGCAGGCGGGGAAGGCCCGACUCCCACAGCCUGAAGGCUGCCCUUCCAAGUUUUACCGGCUAAUGCAGCGCUGCUGGGCCCUGAGCCCCAAGGACCGGCCCUCCUUCAGCGAGAUUGCCAGCACCCUGGGAGACAGCCCUGCAGACAGCAAGCAGUGAGGGAAACUUGCAGGCUGUGCUUCAGGCUGGUGUGGGCAGGGGAGAACACCCUCUUGAGAGGAGCCUGCAGCAUGAUGGGUAGAUCCCUGUCCUCCUUGGCCCUAGGUUCUGCCCAAGCACAGCAGGCAUUGCUAAGGUCUGGGCAGUGCCUACAUGUUUCUCUUCCUCCCCUUCAGCCCUGGGGAAGGCUGAUUUAGAUCCAUACUAGGUGACUAAGGCCUCAGGCUGGGCAAUUUUCUCUGCCACCCCUUCCCUCAUCAGGGAUAGUAUGGGUGCCUCAGGUAACCCCAAUUUCUGGCCUGAGACCUUCUCCUUUGGCCAGGUCCAGCUCUGACACUCAUCGACCAACCUUACUUGGGGAGGGGGGGUGGGCCUAGGCUGGGGAUGAGCUGGGUUUGAAAGAUUUCCUUAAUAGCCUCAAGUUCUAGGCUAUCUCUGGGCACACAGGGCCAACUGGUCUCUUGGCCUAUGGGUCCCACCUAGGUGGUGUGAGGGGGUUCUUAGACCAGGAUUGUGGAGGACAUAGUCAUUUGAGUCCUCCCCAGUAUGGGCUUGUGCACACUAACCCAGACCCAUGCCUCCCCCGCAACCGUUCUCUCCUUUCCUCAUCCUAAGUGCCUGGCAGAUAAGGAGUGUUCAAGAGCUUUUAACACUAUAUAACCCGCCCUUUUUGUAUUCACCCUGGGCGGCUUUUGUAUGUUAUUGAAGCGUGGGGUGGGUGGGCAUGGGAGGUUCAGGUGGACCCUAGAGGAGUUGGAACUGGGGAGGGGGGGGCACCCCUGCCUCCCACUUCUUGUUGUUGAAGUUGUUUAUUUUAUGUUUUUUUUUUUGUUUUUGUUCCUUUUUUUGUUUUUGUUUUUUACACUCGCUGCUCUCAAUAAAGAAGCCUUUUUUACAACUUG